AUGAACCAGGCUCAGGGCGCAAAGGAAGCCGAUCUCGAGCGCGCGGGGGGCUCGGAGGGCUGGAGAGGAGGCAGAGGGAGGAAAAUCCCGCCCCUACAAGGCAGGGGUACGUACAGCGCGAAGCCCGCGGCCGCGGAUCCCGACGCUCCGAGUCCCUCUGAGCGGGAGGGGAAGAUGCAGCCGGAGCGAGGGCUGGUGGCGGGGCGGGGAGAGGCGCCGGGCAGGGCAGCAGCCGGCCUCCAGCCGCUAUUUAAGGAGUCCCUUCCCGCGGGAGGGGGCCGAGCUGAGCCCCGCCCAGGCGGGGAGCCUGGGGUCUCCGUCCCGCCCAGCCGCCGCGAGUGCCGGCAGGACAGCUCAGCGGCGGCGGGCGAGGAGCGGCAGGAUCCCCGGGCCCAGCUGGCUGGAGGGGCCGGAGGUGACCUGCGCGCUCCGCCGUCUCUGCUCCGCUUCCCCGGCGGCCUUGGGCCAGCAGCUCCGCCUCCCGCGCGACAGCGGGGCCUGCCUCCGCUGCUGAGUCCUCGCCCUCAGCUCCCUCCGAGACAGGCAGGCCUCUGUGCUGGGCCCGCUCCCUGCCUCUCGGGCUGGCUCAGCAGCGCUCACAGGCGGCUGGAGUCAGCGGUGGCUGCAAGCGGAUUUCUUGAGCAGCUCCCAGAGCGCCCCUCUCGGGGCCCAGGGCGGCCGCUGCGGGGGCGGCCUUUCUGGGUCCGAAUGGCCAUGGUGGCCCCAAACCCUUCCAAUUACUGCUUAAAACAGUGGUUCUCAAUCAGGGGUACAUGUACCAGAGGUCUUCUGGGGGUACAUCGACUCAUCUAG